GAUUACUGACUGGUUGAGCGGGCUGAAAAAAGAUGAAGGGUCGGCCCCCACCGUGCGGCGACUGGCGGGCCUGAGGGCGUCAGAGGCGGUGUCGGGGGAGGCGUUGGCUUCAGAGAUGGCAGUGAGCGGGAGGAGGGGGCUCGCCCGCGGGAUCCCCGCGGAGUGGGGGCAGCGGCUACUUCUGCUGCUGCUGUUGGGCGGUUGCUCUGGACGCAUCCACCGGCUGACGCUGACGGGGGAGAAGCGAGCAGAUAUCCAGCUGAACAGCUUUGGCUUCUACACCAACGGCUCUCUGGAGGUGGACCUGAGCCUUCUGCGGCUGGGCCUCCAGGAAACAGAUGAGAAGGCCCCACUGGUGGGGUUCAGUCUGACCCGGGUUCGAUCCGGCAGUGUUCCUUCCUAUUCAAGCCGGGACCCUCACGACUGUCCUCUCUGGAAAAACAGUAGCAACCUCCUGGUUCUCUUCCUCAUCAACACCAAGGAUCUGCAGGUCCAGGUACGAAAGUAUGGGGAACAGAAGAAGCUGUUCAUCUCUCCCGGGCUCCUCCCCGAAGCGCCCUCCGAACCAGAGCUCCCGAAGUCAGAGCACAGGGUCACCCCCAAGGUGGAUGGCGGGACCACUACUGCACCCGACAAGGCCAAGGUGAAACCCACAGGGUCACAAGGAGACCAGCAGGGCAUCGGUGGGAAGGACCAGGACCUGGUGUUGGGCCUGGGCCAUCUCAACAACUCCUACAAUUUCAGUUUCCACGUGGUGAUCGGCUCGAGGGCCGAGGAAGGCCAGUACAACCUCAACUUCCACAACUGCUACAACAUGGUGCCAGGCCGGGAGCAGCCGUUCGACAUCACGGUAAUGAUCCGGGAGAAGAACCCCGAAGGCUUCCUGUCGGCGGCGGAAAUCCCCCUCUUCAAGCUGUACAUGGUCAUGUCCGCCUGCUUCCUGGCCUCCGGCAUCUUCUGGGUGUCCAUCCUCUGCAAGAACACGUACAACGUCUUCAGGAUCCACUGGCUCAUGGCAGCCCUGGCUUUCACCAAGAGCGUCUCUCUCCUCUUCCACAGCAUCAACUACUACUUCAUCAACAGCCAGGGCCACCCCAUCGAAGGCCUCGCUGUCAUGCAUUACAUCACGCAUCUGCUGAAGGGCGCCCUCCUCUUCAUCACCAUCGCCUUGAUCGGCUCUGGCUGGGCCUUCGUCAAGUACAUCCUGUCCGACAAGGAGAAGAAGGUCUUCGGGAUCGUGAUCUCGCUGCAGGUCCUGGCCAACGUGGCCUACAUUGUCAUCGAGUCCCGUGAGGAGGGCGCCAGCGACUACGGCAUCUGGAAGGAGAUCCUCUUCCUGGUGGACCUCAUCUGCUGCGGCGCCAUCCUCUUCCCCGUGGUCUGGUCCAUCCGACAUCUCCAGGACACGUCUGGCACUGAUGGGAAGGUGGCAGUGAACCUGGCCAAGCUGAAGCUCUUCCGGCAUUACUAUGUCAUGGUCAUCUGCUACAUCUACUUCACACGGAUCAUCGCCAUCCUGCUGCGGGUGGCCGUGCCUUUCCAGUGGCAGUGGCUGUACCAGCUCUUGGUGGAGGCCUCCACUCUCACCUUCUUCGUGCUCACGGGCUAUAAGUUCCAGCCCACAAGGGAUAACCCGUACCUGCAGCUGCCCCAGGAGGAUGAGGAGGAUGUGCAGAUGAAGCAAGUAAUGACCGAUUCUGGGUUCCGCGAAGGCCUGUCCAAAGUCAACAAAACAACCAGCGGGCGAGAGCUGUUGUGAUCAUGUCCCUGCCUCGGACACUCCUUCAUCCCUCUUCAUCCACCUCUCUUCACACAUUCCCUGCUCUGGCUUCUCCCAAAGAGCGUGUGGGGAGGAGGGGGCCGGUGCUCAUAAGGCACCCAGCUCCCUGGGACCUGAGUUCCUGGAGCCCGUUCAGAAGAAGACAGACAGCCCCCCUCCCUCACAGAUGUUGAGCACCCUGUCCCCACUGGCAGCUGUACGAUAAUGACCGAUCUGUAUUGCUA